CUGAGGAAGAUACCGUUUUCGCCAUACGUCACAUCCGCUGUCGCGCGUCACCUAACGGGCCCGCUGGUUUCCGUAGCAACGGGAGCCUUCUCCGCCUCUUCCGGCUUCGCAUGGCGCCGUCUUUUCCGGUGCGGGGGAUAAUAUGGGGACAAUACAUCUGUUCCGCAAAUCACAGAGAUCAUUGGUUGGAAAGUUAACACAUGAGUUUAGGCUGGUUGCAGCAGAUAGGAGGUCCUGGAAGAUCUUGUUGUUUGGUGCUAUAAAUUUAAUAUGUAUUGGCUUCCUGCUAAUGUGGUGCAGCUCUACAAACAGCAUAGCUUUAACUGCUUACACAUAUUUGACAAUCUUUGACCUUUUCAGUUUGAUAACAUGUCUAAUAAGCUACUGGGUAACGAUGAAGAAGCCCAGCCCCAUGUAUUCGUUUGGGUUUGAAAGGUUUGAAGUUCUAGCAGUAUUUGCAUCUACAGUUCUGGCACAGCUUGGUGCUCUUUUUAUACUGAAAGAAAGCGCAGAGCGGUUCCUGGAACAGCCCGAGAUACACACGGGGCGACUGCUGGUUGGUACUUUCGUGGCUCUCUUUUUCAACUUAUUUACAAUGCUUUCCGUUAGGAAUAAGCCUUUUGCUUAUGUCUCUGAAGCUGCCAGCACAAGUUGGCUUCAGGAGCAUGUUGCAGAUCUUAGUAGAAGUAUUUGUGGAAUCAUCCCAGGAUUAAGUAGCAUCUUUCUGCCACGAAUGAACCCUUUUGUCUUGAUUGAUAUUGCUGGAGCUCUAGCUCUUUGCAUUACAUAUAUGCUCAUUGAAAUCAACAACUAUUUUGCUGUAGACACAGCUUCUGCUAUAGCAAUUGCUUUGAUGACAUUUGGUACCAUGUAUCCCAUGAGCGUCUACAGUGGAAAAGUACUACUCCAGACAACCCCACCUCAUGUGAUUGGCCAGUUGGAUAAACUUCUUAGAGAGGUUUCAACUUUGGAUGGUGUCUUGGAGGUUCGAAAUGAGCAUUUCUGGACAUUGGGUUUUGGCACAUUGGCUGGAUCAGUACAUGUCCGAAUUCGGAGAGAUGCAAAUGAACAAAUGGUACUUGCCCAUGUCACUAACAGAUUAUACGCACUGGUCUCUACCUUGACUGUUCAGAUUUUCAAAGAUGACUGGAUCAGACCUACCUUAUCAUCUGUGCCUAUUGCAAACAAUAUUCUGAACAUUUCGGAUCAUCAUAUUAUUCCAAUGCCAUCUUUGAAAGCUGCUGAUAAUUUGAACCCUGUUACAUCCACUCCAGCUAAGCCUAGCAGCCCACCGCCAGAAUUUGCUUUUAAUACGCCAGGCAAAAAUGUGAGUCCAGUCAUUCUUUUGAACACUCAGACAAAGCCCUAUGGAUUGGGCUUGAAUCAUGGAUCCGCACCCUACAGCAGUGUACUCAACCAAGGACUCGGAAUACCGGGAAUGGGAGCAACUCAAGGAUUCAGAACUGGUUUUACAAAUGUCCCAAGCAGAUAUGGAACCAACGCUCGUGGUCAACCCCGACCGUAAUAAACACCAUUAUUUAUUAUA